AGAUGUCUAACGCAAACGCAAACAACAACACUUCUGGGUCAUUCUCGUUGAUGAACCUGUGUCAAAAGGUGACAUUUGAUGGCUCGAACUUCAAUGAGUGGAUGAGAUACAUUCGCAUGAUAACUCGCUACGAGGACAAAGAAUAUGUCCUCGACGAGAAGCUAGAGAAGAUUAACCCAGAAGAAGCUACUCCUGAAGAGCUGGCUGCCUUUGAGGCCCACGAGCGUGAUGCAACGAAAGUUCAUUGCAUCAUGUUGGCCACCAUGAACCUCGAACUCCAGAAGUCCUAUGAGGACAUGUAUCCAUAUGAAAUGCAUCAAGAUUUGCUGGACAGGUACCACCAGAGCGCGAGGCAAGAGCGCUAUGAGAUCAUCACCAACAUGAUCACCGCUAAGAUGGGAAGUGGAGAAUCCCUAACAUCUCAUUUGCAAAGAAUGCAAAGGUAUGUUGAUCGUCUUCUCAAACUUAAUGUUAAGUUUGAUGAGGAUUUGGCUAUCGACAUCAUCCUCCACUCCUUGCCUCCUGCUACAACCAAGUCAGGAUGACCUACCACAUGAACAAGGAAGAGGUCACCCUGAGUAAACUCCAAGGGCUCCUGAGGACAGCUGAGAGCAACCUCAAGGACAAAUCUGUUGCAUCAUCCUCUACUAUAGUUGCUCCUGUGUUGGCAAUCGGCCAAGGAAAGGGUAAGAAGAGGAAGGCUCCUUCCAAGAGCCACCAUAAGGGUAAGACCCAAGAUGGUUCCUCUUCUAGUGGGACCAAAGCAGGUUCUGUUAAGCCCUCUUCUGACCCCAAGGAAGCAGAGUGCUUCUACUGCCACCAGAAGGGCCACUGGAAACGAAGUUGCCCCAAGUAUCUGCAGGAUAUCAAGGAUGGGAAGAUAAAGCCCACCUUCGCAGGAUGUGGUUACCACAUUUGUUCUGAUUUGCAGGGGCUAAGAAAAGGUAGGGAAGUGGAGCAUGGAAGGAUAAGCUUGAUCAUGGGAAACAAGAAGUCUUCACCAGUAACCAAGAUCGGAGUUUAUUCCUUAGUGUUGAGUAAUGGGUUAGGACUAGAUUUAAAUAAUUGUUGCUAUUCGCCAGAUAUGGCAAGGAACAUCAUUUCUUUUCAUGGAUUGUUUAGACAAGGUUUCAGAUAUUCGUUUGAUAAUAGUAAUGGUUCUAUUAAUGCUUAUUUGAAUGGUGUCUUUUAUUUCAAUGCAUUACCUUGUAAUGGGAUUUAUGAAUCUGUGUUAGUUAUUGAUAAUUUAGGAAAUGAUGUUUUGAAUAUUGAUUCGUCCACAAGUUUGGACAAAGCAUGCUUGUGGCAUUGUCGCCUUGGCCAUGUUAACAAGAAACGCAUAGCCCAACUCCAAAAGGAUGGAGUCUUGGAGUCAUUCGACCUAAGGGACGAUGACGUGUGUGAGUCUUGUUUACUUGGGAAGAUGACCAAGUCACCCUUUACUGGCAUAUGUGAAAGGGGUGAGGGUGUAUUGGAUCUCAUACAUACAGAUGUAUGUGGACCCUUUAGAUCCACCACAAGGGACGCUUGUCGCUUCUACGUGACUUUUACAGACGAUUAUAGCAGAUAUGGAUAUAUCUACUUGAUUAAGCAAAAGUCAGAAACCUUUGAGAAAUUCAAAGAGUUUAAGAAUGAAGUGGAAAAUCAGCUGGGCAGGAAAAUCAAGAUGCUUCGAUCUGAUCGAGGGGGAGAGUACCUAAGUCUUGAGUUUCACGACUAUCUAAAAGAGUGUGGAAUAGUUUCACAAUUGACGCCUCCUAGAACGCCACAAUUGAAUGGUGUGGCUGAGAGACGUAAUCGAACCUUGUUGGACAUGGUUCGCUCUAUGAUGAGUCGUGCUUCGUUACCAAUCUCAUUCUGGGGGUAUGCCUUAGAGACUGCCGCCCAUAUCCUUAACUUAGUUCCCACCAAGAAGGUUACCAAGACACCUCACGAGAUGUGGACAGGGAAAGCUCCCUCGUUAGCACAUAUCAAGGUUUGGGGUUGUGAAGCUUUCGUAAGACGAGAGACUCACGACAAGCUAGAACCUCGUAGUGAGAAGUGUUAUUUCAUCGGCUACCCACAGAAGUCUUUUGGCUAUCUCUUCUAUAGACCAAGUGACAAUGUUGUCUUUGUUGCUAGGAGAGGGGUUUUCAGAGAGAGAGAACUCAUAAGUCAAAGAGACAGUGGGAGUCAGAUUGACCUUGAAGAGCUUCAAGAGUCAGGAGAUGAAGGAACCUCUGACACUGGCAUGCAACCUGAGGAGGAAACUCCGGUUGAACCAAUUGACCAGUCCUUACCUCUUAGACGUUCAAGUAGAGUUAUUGUUCCACCCCAGUUUUAUGGUUUCCAUAUUACUACUGACGGGGACACAUUUAUUAGUGAUAGUACACUAGUAAAUCUGGACGAACCUAACAGCUACAAGGAAGCCAUGGCAGGCCCAGAGUCUGAUAAAUGGAAAGAGGCAAUGGACAGCGAGAUUCAGUCCAUGUAUGACAACCAAGUUUGGAAUUUGGUUGAUAAUGUACCAGGUCGUAAGACGGUCGGGUGCAAGUGGAUCUUCAAGAAGAAGACAGACAUGGAUGGGAAAGUGCACACUUACAAAGCGCGAUUGGUCGCAAAGGGCUUUACUCAAACUCCUGGAGUUGACUAUGAUGAGACCUUUUCGCCAGUUGCCAAAAUAAAGUCUAUUAGGGUAAUGCUCGCAAUAGCUGCGUUUCAUGAUUAUGAAAUCUGGCAGAUGGACGUAAAAACCGCUUUCCUAAAUGGGAAGUUAGCUGAGGAUGUUUACAUGAAUCAGCCAGAGGGCUUCGUCGAUGCGAAGCAUCCAAAUAGAGUGUGCAAGCUUGAGAAAUCCAUUUAUGGAUUAAAGCAAGCAUCUCGCAGAUGGAAUCUUUGUUUUGACGAGAAAGUCAAAGAGUUUGGUUUUCUGCGAAACGAGGAUGAGUCAUGUGUGUAUGUCAAGGCCAGUGGGAGUAUAGUGAGCUUCCUCGUAUUGUAUGUCGAUGACAUACUACUCAUAGGAAACGACAUCCCAACCUUGCAGGAGGUAAAGUCCUGGCUUGGGAAGUGUUUCGCUAUGAAGGACCUCGGAGAAGCUGCAUAUAUUCUGGGAAUAAGGAUAGUGAGAGACAGAAGUAAGAGACUGAUAGGACUCAGUCAGGAUACAUACUUGGAAAAGGUACUAAAACGUUUUAGUAUGGAAAAUUCCAAGAAAGGGGAGUUACCAAUCCAAUGCAAUACCAAACUGAGUAAGACUCAGAGCCCAAGUACAGAGGCAGAGAUAGCAGAUAUGAGCCGAGUACCUUACGCUUCCGCAGUUGGCUCGAUUAUGUACGCUAUGACCUGUACUCGCCCUGAUGUGGCCUUCGCUUUGAGCAUGGUCAGCAGAUAUCAAGGGAACCCUGGUAGAGCACAUUGGAUUGCUGUCAAGAAUAUUCUUAAGUACCUACGAAGGACCAAGGAAUGGUUUCUAGUCCUCGGUGGGAGUGAUGACUUAAGGGUGCGAGGGUACAGUGACGCUAGUUUCCAGACGGAUCGGGAUAAUUACCGAUCACAGUCGGGCUGGGUCUUUACCCUGAAUGGAGGAGCAGUGACUUGGAAGAGUUCCAAGCAAGAGACCGUAGCUGAUUCAACGUGCGAAUCGGAGUACAUUGCGGCAAGCGAAGCGUCAAAGGAGGCUAUAUGGUUAAAGAACUUCAUAGGAGACCUUGGAGUUGUGCCAACCAUAAAGGAGCCCAUGGAAAUUUUCUGUGAUAAUGAAGGAGCGGUUGCCUUGACCAAGGAACCAAGGGAUCAUGGCAGAUCUCGACAUAUCGACAGGAAAUAUCAUUUUAUUAGACAUCGGGUAGAAGAGGGACUCCUCGUUGUGAAGAGGGUAUCGUCAGAAGAUAACUCAGCAGAUCCCCUUACGAAGGGACUGAGUAGGGUCAAGCAUUUGAAGCACGCUAGGAGCAUUGGGCUAAAGGACGAUAUUAGUUUAGAUUAG